CAAGAUAAAUUCUAAUUCUUCUUUUUUUUAUUUUUUAUGUUUAGUGAAUUUCAAAAUUUUUAACUUUCUAACAAAAUUUUUAAAACCAUUUUUACCAUAAUUUUUAAUAAUAAAAUAAUAGUUUUUAUUCUCAUUGAAAAUAUUAUAAAGUAAAUUAUUAAAAAAUUCAAAAAUCAUGUGUGGUAUUUGGGCUCUUUUUGGUUUGGAGGGAGAUACCCUUGCGUGUGCAUGUGAAAAUUUUACAAAAAUAACUCAUCGUGGUCCAGAUGCAUUUAAUAUUGAAUAUGAUCAACGCAUUAAGAAUGGAUAUAUUGGCUUUCAUAGAUUAUCAAUAGUUGAUGGCCUUUGUGGAAUGCAGCCCAUGAAAUUAUAUACUUAUCCACAAGUUUUUUUACUAUGCAAUGGAGAAAUAUAUAAUUAUAAACAGCUGGAAAAAGAAAAUGAUUAUAAAAAUAAAACAAACUGCGAUGUGGAAGUGAUUAUACAUCUUUAUGUAAAUGAUGGUGCUGAAAAUGUUGCUCGUUCAUUAGAUGGGGUAUUUGCUUUUUGUUUAGUAGACAUUAAAAAGAAGAGAAUUUUAAUUGCCAGAGAUCCAUACGGUGUAAGACCGUUAUUUAUAUUGAAGGAUGGAAAAGGACGUUUGGGUAUAUGUUCCGAGUCAAAGGGUUUAGUUGGAAUAACUGAAAAAUUCCCAAGCGAUUGGGUACUGAAACCAUUUUCACCUGGUUUUUAUGAAGAAUAUGAAUUAUCUGAAGAAGGUACAACAAAGCUUUUGAGACGUGUACAAUUUCAUAAACCAGGAGAUAAGCCUUCAUUUUCAACAUUUAUUCCAUGGAAUGAUCUAGAUUCCAAUGAUAUUUCUGGAAAUAUCAGAAAAUUAUUAACAGGAGCUGUGCAAAAGCGUUUAAUGUCUGAAAGAAGAAUUGGUUGCUUUUUAUCAGGAGGAUUAGAUUCAAGUUUAAUUGCAGCUCUAUUUGCAUCUGAAGCUAAAAAAUUAAAUUUACCCUAUAAAUUACAAAGUUUUGCCAUUGGAAUGGGUGAUAGUCCCGAUAUUAGAGCUGCUAAACAAGUUGCUGAAUUAAUUGGCACCGAGCAUCAUGAAAUAAUUUUCACUGAAGAAGAUGUUGAAGAAGUAUUGGAUAAAGUUAUUUAUCAAAUUGAAACAUUCGAUAUUACAACAAUUCGCGCUUCUAUUGGAAUGUAUUUAUUAUCGAGAUAUGUGAAAACACAGACAGACUCAACUGUGAUUUUUAGCGGUGAAGGUGCUGAUGAAUUGGCUCAAGGUUAUAUUUAUUUUAAAAAAGCACCAAAUGCAGAAGAGGCUCACAAUGAAUCAAUUCGUUUAUUGAAAGAUAUUUAUUUGUAUGACGGCCUAAGAGCCGAUAGAACAACAAGUGCUUUCAGUCUAGAACUUCGUGUACCAUUUUUAGAUCUUCAAUUUACCAAUUAUUAUCUAUCAUUAAAUUCAUCUACCAGACAACCGCAAGACGGUAUUGAAAAACAUUUACUUCGAUCUGCAUUUAUGGAAUCAAAUUUACUACCAAACAAUAUUUUAUGGCGGCACAAGGAAGCAUUUAGUGAUGGUGUUACUUCAACUAAAAAAUCUUUAUUUCAAAUUAUUCAAAGCAUUGUUGAUAAGCAUGUAAAUGAUAAUGAAUUACUGGAAGCUAAAAAUUUAUAUCCCCAUUGUACACCAAAUACAAAAGAGGCUCUUUAUUACAGAAAAAUAUUUGAAAAGCAUUUUCCUAAUCAUGGAGAGAGUUUUACACCAUACUUUUGGAUGCCUAAAUGGAUUGAAGGUAUUUCAGAUCCAUCAGCACGUUUUAUUAGCUAUUAUGCAGCUGAAGAAAAUAAAAAUGAAAAAUAAUCAUUAUUUUCCAAAAUGGAAACAAAAAAUAUAAAUUGAAAUUUUAUUUAUUAUUAAAGGUUCAAUUAAAAAACAAAAAUUUUAUUUUAAAAUUAAAAUUUCUAAUACAUUUCUUUUAUAUUAUAUUUAUGUUAAAUGGAAUUAUAUUUUAAAAUUGUGUUUUUAAAAAUAAAUUAUUACUUUUACAUAAUUGA